CCGCUUCACUGCAUGGAUAAUUCAUUUCACUACCAACCAACGAGCCCCAAACCAGCAAGCUUCAACUUAUACCCACACAAGCUGCAACCACAAUGAACAGAAUACAAAAAUCUGCAAAUACAACUAUCCCUUCACAACAAGCUGAAACUGGAACUAACGCCAACAUAACAAGCUACAACUAAUAUCAGCACAAGCUACAUCUACAACAAACAUCAACGCAACAACCUGCAACUACAGCUAAUGCUUUACAACAACCUGCAAAUGGAACUAACAUUAACAGAAGGUUCAACUACAACCAGCACUUCACAGCAUGUAACAACUACAAAGAAGUUGCAGCUACCAACACGCUACUAAUAGAACACAACAUGCUGCAAGAAGAAAGCAUUUCAAUAUUGAAUAAGUUCUAAAAAUAGCUGUCACUAGUUCCAUAUACAGAGACAACACUUAGGAACUAUUAUAUAAGAAAUAACUGUAACCAGUCUUUUGGAUCUCUUCUGUGGGAACUGUUUUGUGGUCGAUUAGAACUACAAGGAAGGUGGCGCUAUUGGUGUUGUCAUGGAAAACUCUGUGUUGUGGAUAUUCCUGACAGCAACAUGUGUUAUUAAAGGUCUGGGUGGCCAGUCAGUCCAGAUGGAGGCUGUCCAGUCUGGGUAUGUGGGCUCCAAGGUGGAUCUACCAUGUCUCUUUAUCAACAGCAUGCCGCCUGUGAAGAUCUCUCAGGUAACAUGGCAGAAGGUGAUUAAUGGCACAAAGCAGAAUGUUGCGAUAGCUAACCCAUCUCUAGGUGUGUCUGUGGCUACACCCUUCAAAGACAGAGUCAACUUCAAAAACCCUGCGGUGCGGAGGAGAACACCGUCCCUGCAAGACACCACUCUGACCCUCGCGUCUUUGAAACUGUCUGACGAGGCCCGUUACAUCUGUGAAUACACCACAUUCCCUGCUGGAAAUAGAGAAAGCAUGGUCAACCUCACAGUCUAUGCUCGACCUUUGACCCGGAUGAGUUUGUCAACGCCCACCCUGGUGGCUCGGCCAACAAAUCUGAAGACCCCAGUUGCCACGUGCCUUUCAGCAAAUGGGAAGCCUCCAGGAACUAUCAGGUGGGACACCCGUGUGCGUGGUGAGACGACCACUCAGGAGAUCCUUAACCCUGAUGGGACAAUCACAGUGCGGAGCGACUUCAUCCUGGUACCUAGCCGGAGCACUCACCUGGAGACCCUCACCUGUAUCACCUCUUACAACGAUGAGACGAACGCAGAGUCAGUCACUCUGGACAUACAAUAUGAGCCAGAGGUGUCAGUGGAGGGGUUUGAUGGGAACUGGUACCUGGACCGUCAAAACGUACAGCUGGCAUGUCUGGCUGACGCAAACCCACCUGCCUCUUUAUUCCAGUGGAGGAGUCCCAUAGUUAAUCUCCUCAACAUGGACUGUCCCAUAACAAGAGUCUCUACAACAUGGACAGUCCCAUAGUUAACUCUUCAACAUGGACAGUCCCAUAACAAGUCUUCUCAACAUGGACAGUCCCAUAACAAGUCUUCUCAACAUGGACAGUCCCAUAGUUAAUCUCUUCAACAUGGACUGUCCCAAAACAAGUCUUCUCAACAUGGACAGUCCCAUAGUUAAUCUCUUCAACAUGGACAGUCCCAUAACAAGUCUUCUCAACAUGGACAGUCCCAUAGUUAAUCUCUUCAACAUGGACAGUCCCAUAACAAGUCUUCUCAACAUGGACAGUCCCAUAACAAGUCUUCUCAACAUGGACAG